CCAAAUCUCUCUCUCUCUCUCUCUCUCUCUCUCUCUCUCUAGCUCUCCAUCUCCUGCGUUGGGUUUUUUGUGCCUCUCAAUCUUCUUCUUCGGCUCUAUCUAUUGUCUUCUCCUUUUCUCUGCGAUCCAGUGAAUCACUGCAACCAUGAGCGACCAAGGAGAAAAGACCUGUCCUCUCUGUGCCGAGGAGAUGGACUUGACAGAUCAGCAACUGAAACCAUGCAAGUGUGGUUAUGAGAUAUGUGUUUGGUGCUGGCAUCAUAUUAUGGAUAUGGCAGAGAAGGAUGAGUCGGAAGGCAGAUGCCCAGCAUGUCGCACUCCUUAUAACAAGGAAAAGAUUGUUGGCACAGCUCCCAACCGUGAAAAGAUAGUUGCUGAGAUGAGUUUUGAGAAAAAGAUGAAGUCUCACAAGGGAAAAAGCAAGACAUUGGAGUCGAGGAAGCAACUUUGUAGUGUACGAGUAAUCCAAAGGAAUCUAGUCUACAUUGUGGGAUUACCUCUUAAUUUAGCAGAUGAAGAUAUUUUACAGCACAAGGAAUAUUUUGGUCAGUAUGGAAAGGUUUUGAAGGUAUCUAUAUCCCGGACAGCUGCGGGUUCCAUUCAACAAUUUCCAAAUAAUACAUGCAGUGUAUAUAUCACAUAUUCAAAGGAGGAUGAAGCAGUUCGUUGUAUUCAAUCUGUACAUGGAUUUUUCUUGGAUGGCAGACCUCUAAAAGCAUGCUAUGGAACAACCAAAUACUGUCAUGCUUGGCUUAGAAAUGCGCCUUGCACCAAUCCUGAUUGUUUGUACUUGCAUGAGAUUGGGUCGGAAGAAGAUAGCUUUAGUAAGGAUGAAAUAAUAUCAGCCUAUACAAGGAAUAGAGUCCAACAAAUUACGGGUGUCUCAAAUACUGCACAAAGGCGAUCAGGGACAAUUUUGCCACCGCCGGCUGACAAUUAUUGCAAUAACUUUGCUUCUACUGCAAAACCUAUCAGUAAAACCACCACAAAUAAUUCCGCAACCCCAAUAAUAGUAUCACCUCCGAAUACUAGUUCUGGUAGAUCUGCUGCUCUUCCUGCUGGUGCAUCAUGGGGGGCGCGUGCCUUGAAUAAUCAACCACCUCCUGCAAGCUCACCAUAUUCAAAUGGACCUUUAAAAUCUAAACCUGAAAUGUCCAACAGUUCGUCGUCAUUCUCUGCAGCGGUUGCAAGUACUGGUCAGAGUUCAUUGCAUGCUGCUGACCGAGAUAAGCAGCUCACUCAUGUUGAUCAAAGCAGCAAUAAUAAAAAACGGAGCAAAGUAGGAACUCCAAAACCUGCUAUGCUGCAGCAUGUAGAAGUAGAUGAUCAAGUCUGUGUUACGAAGACCACCCUACCCUCACCAGUUCCACUCCUACACAGUCACAAUGCUGCCAAGGAAAAGGAUAGGCAUACACCUAGAUGUUCUGCUGAUUGUGAAUCGGUGUCACAUAGACCUGAUACGGCAAAAAAUGCACCACAAGCUCCAGGUCAUAAUAGACCUGAUACUUCAAAAAAUAUAGCUGAAGCUCCGGUUCAAAAUAGACCUGAUACUGCAAAAAACUUAGCUGAAGCUCCGGUUCAAAAUAGAUCUGAUACUGCAAAAAACAUAGCUGAAGCUCCGGGUCAGGAAAUUGAUAAGUUACAAGCGAACAUAUCAUCAUUAAGCAUUGAUAGACAUAAAUCUUCUCCAUUGCUCAGCUAUGUUCAUUCUAGGGAUCCUUUAGCAUCUGAGGGUAAAGCCACAAUACAUGCUGAUGAGAGUUGCACAGAAAAUGACAAGUCGGACUCAAGAGUUGAUUUGAAAAUGCAGGUUGUUGUUACUCAUGAAGGUGGUGAUGGUAUUCCCGACAGUGGCCACAUCCAAAAUCCAUCACUACCCUUACAUUCUUCAACUUGUUCUCCUUUUCUCAGCAACAGUAUUGGGUCUGUUGAUACCGAUAUGCAUAUUGUAGAUCGGAAAUGUGAUUCAUUAUUACAGCCUUCAAGUUCACACAAGUUACAUAAUGGUAGUAGUGAGGACGUAGUUAACAAUUCUGCUGAUUUUGGAAACCCCAACAAAGGUUCCAGUUCAUUGUCACCCGCAGAUCAGAGGAAGUUUGCGAACACUUCUGAAGGCGUAACCACAACUGCUGACAUGGGAGAGAGUAGCAUAAUUUCAAAUAUCUUGUCACUGGAUUUUGAUCCAUGGGAUGCACCUUUAACUUCACCUCAGAAUCUGGCCAAGUUGUUGGGGGAUUCUGAUAAACAACAGCCCAGUCUUAUUCUAUCAAGUUCAUUAAAGUUACAUACGAGCAAUGAGUCAAGGUUCUCUUUUGCCAGGGAGGAGAGAUCUAUAAAACAAGCAUCAGAGCUUGAACCAUCUUUAGGUCAUAUGCAACAGUCUUUUCAUCAUCCUUUAAACCAAGACUUGUCCAGUACCCGAAGCUUUCAAGAUAACCCUGGUCUUCAAAGUGGUUUCUCUCUUAUCCACAAUGAGGAUAAUGGAUCUGUCAGCAGUUAUCCUACCUUUUUAUCUAACAAUAUGUCAGCAUCAAGACCUCAGAUGUCUGCCCCGCCUGGAUUUUCAGCACCUAACAGAGCACCCCCUCCAGGGUUUUCUUCUCAUGAAAGAGUGGAGCAUAAUUUUAGUUCUGUCUCGGGGAAUCAAUUGCUGGAUUCUGCAGUGUUACAGAAUCAGUAUCAGAAUCCACCUGGAAAUAUGGUGGUGGAUAAUGAUGGUAUUGAGUUGAUGGAUCCUGCAAUUUUGGCAGUUGUUACAGAGAAGGUUCCUAUUCCUAGUGGUCUUAAUUCCUCAAUAGGAUUACUUUUGGGUCAAAAUUUUCAUACUCAGCAAAUGAAUACUUUUGAAAAUGAGCUGAGGCUUCAGUUAUUAAUGCAACGUUCUCUACCUCCAACACAUCAGAACCAGAGGAUAGGGGAAGGGCCGGGUAACUUUUUGCCCUUUCAUGAAGCUUAUGGUAUUCCUCAAAGAGGAGCUGGCGGGGAACAAGUAAUGUCUGGCAAUAUUUCUCCAUUCUCACAAUUCAGUACUCCACAAUCUAGAGGCCCUGUCAUUUCAAAUGUCCAUUGGGAUGUGUGGAAUGGGGUCAAUAAUGGUAAUGAUUUGGGCAUGGCUGAGCUUUUUCGCACAGAAAGGAUGGGGCUUAACAAUGUCUGCCCUGGGGGAUAUGAAGAUGCCAAGUUCUGUGCCCCUAGUUCUGGAAAUUUCUAUAAUAGACCGUUUGGUAUCUAAGUGCUUGCUCGCUACGGGAUUCUUCUGGCAUUCAUAAAAAAUGUGUAACAAACGAGUGAAAUGUGACCCUGAUGGAUAAAGUGGCAUAGACAGCUCUCUGGGUGUGUUGCAGUACACAGAAUAACCGAAUCUGCUGCAUUUGUGACUUGUAUGACAGAAUUGCACCCACAAUGAUGGGAAUGCUCUUUGACUACUGUCUGAGCUACUUUCAGAUUUGGUGUAAGGACCCAUCCCUUUCUACAGGUUUGGUCAGAAACCAAGAGGUGAAAGAAGCUGAGAUUCAGGCUCAUGACAAAAUUUGACAUGGAAAUAUGGCUUGGUCCUGUGGGGGGCAACAUGUGAUUUUCAGUUUGGGUCUGAUCUUUGAUCAGAGGGCUGAGAACAAAGAGAUUAAGAGAAAGAGAGAUAGAGCCACACCAGGUUUUAUCAGUAUAUCUGUCUUUUGCUCAUUUGUAUGGUAAGUACAUGAUUACUUGGAAAGACCUGAAUAAAAAUUGAAAAUUAUG